AGCUGCAGCACAAGCGCGCACCCGACGCGCGCUCCUCACGGCAUUCCACAGCUGAUAGAGGGAUGAGAGAGGGAUGCUAAGGAAAUGUUUUCCUUCAACACAGAAAAUGGGCUAUCGUGAACUUCAUCCGACAGCAGAAUGCGACUGAAAUAUCGCAGGCGAAGACCGUGAGUCAAGUGAUGCCAGUAGACCAGGAUGGACCGAUAUCAUCACAACAGUUACAGUAGCUAAAAUGCCACAUUUUAGGAUUGUAAACUGUUGAAAGAGAAAGUCACCAUCUGCUGACUGGAUUUGGCACCAUAAUAACCUUCUUCCGGAGCUCAAUAUAUUGAAGACGGACUCCACUUUUGACCUUUAGACCACGUCAUACCUGCCGUCAAUAUGUUUGCUUAAAGUUUGAAGUCUUCGAUCUUUGACGCUGCAGCGAGUGUUUCCCUGAAGACCCGGUUUUAGUAUUCUUGGACUGUUGAAGAGCCUUUGCUCGAGAUGUUUACCGCUCUGAAGAAGCUAGUGGGCUCUGAAGCAGGGCAGCUCAGGGAUAGAAAUAUUCCUGCAGGCCUGCAAUCCAUGAACCAGAGUCUACAGAGACGCUUCGCCAAGGGUGUACAAUAUAACAUGAAAAUAGUCAUCCGUGGGGACAGGAACACCGGUAAAAGUGCACUUUGGCACCGACUUCAAGGGAAAAAGUUCCUGGAAGAGUACAUCCCCACGCAGGAGAUCCAGGUCACCAGCAUUCACUGGAACUACAAAACGACAGAUGAUGUAGUGAAAGUUGAGGUCUGGGAUGUGGUAGACAAAGGACAAAAGCUUCCUCUUCCAGAAGGUGUAGGGAAAGGGAAAAGACGCGGAGAGAAUCUGAAAUUGGAAAAUGAACCUCAGGAGUCUGAAUCCGACAUGGCUCUCGAUGCAGAGUUCCUGGAUGUUUAUAAGAACUGUAAUGGCGUGAUCAUGAUGUUUGACAUCACCAAACAGUGGACGUUCAACUACAUCCUUAGGGAGUUACCAAAAGUGCCAACACACGUCCCAGUGUGUGUCCUGGGUAACCAGCGGGACAUGGGCGAGCACAGGGUCAUCUUACCCGAUGACAUCAGAGAUUUUAUCAACAGUCUGAACAGACCUCCGGGCUCCUCCUACAUCCACUAUGCCGAGUCUUCCAUGAAAAACGGCUUUGGUCUCAAAUACCUCCAUCGCUUCUUCAACAUCCCAUUCCUGCAGCUGCAGAGGGAGACUCUGUUACGACAACUGGAGACAAAUCAGCUUGACAUCGAUGCCACACUAGAAGAACUCAGUGUUCAGCAGGAGACGGAGGACCAGAACUAUGACAUAUUUCUUGAGAUGAUGGAGUCACGCAAAGCUUAUGGAUCUCCAGCGCCCUCUAAUGGCCAGAGCCCGUCCUCAGGGUCCCAGUCCCCUGUGGUGCUGCCCGGUGCCGCCUCUCCCAGUAACUCCAGCCCCAGUACACCACAGGCUCCUGUCCCUAUCCAGACCCAAUCCGCCCCGCCACCACCUCCAUCUAUACCACACCCUCCUGUCCAGCUCACAGCCGCCCAUGCACCCCAAACACCAUCUCAAAGCCUGGAGCCUUCGCCCGCAGCAACGGUACCCGCAUCUACCCAACCCGCACCUCCUCAUGCCCAGAAACGAGGCUUCAUGUCACGCCUGUUCGGUUCGUCUGCUGCAGAGACUUCACCAGACAGACCAGAAACUACAGGUUCUGAAGGCCCGAAGCCCUCUGGAAAGGUGCAGAGCGUGGAUGAAUUUGUACCGGAGGUUGGAUUGGACCGGACCUUUCUGGAAGACGGUGGAACAGCAGUUAAAUCAAAGAAAAAACCUCCAACAUCAGCUCCCAUUCUGGACAGUGAUAGUGAUGGAGAGGGCCGGGGAAAUCCUCUGGUCUCCGGCUUCCAGGAUGAUUUAGAUCCGGAUGACCGAGCGCUGAGCCGGCCUGCCCUUAAAGCGGUGGUCCCAAGCGUGGGCGUCACACUCACGAGUGACGAAGAGGAGGAAGAUUCAUCUCUACCCUCUGUUGCCCUGCACAAAGGCAUCAGCUCAGGAACAAACUCAAAGGGAUCUUCAGUGAACUCCAUCAAACAUCUGCACACCAUGUCCAAACCAGCCGAGAGACCCCAAAGCCUGAAAACAACAGCAGGACCUGCAGGUCUGAAGACAGGGGGCGCUGUUGAGGUGCACUCAGAUUCAGACGCUCAGCAAAUGCUUUCAUUUGCCAUGGAUGACCCUGAUUUCGAGAGUGAAGAACUUGGCGUACACAAGAUCAAAGCGGGGGCCCUUUCUGCACUAGAUGACUUCUCUGACCGGUCGGAUGAUGGUUUCGUGUUAGCUGGACUCCAGGAGCCCCCCAAACCUGUUGCCCCCUCAUUCAAGACCCUCAAUAGCGACAUUGACCUCUUCGGCCUGGGCUUUGAAGACACGACACCUAAGAGUAAAGACAGCAGUGAAGAUCAGGAAGAUAAUGAAAGCAGACACUCCAUAAAGGACAAGAAAAAGAAGAAAAAGAAAAGCAAAGAGGAGGAUGAGAAAAGCAGCAAAAAACGACACAAACACAAGAAAAAGGAAAAAGAUGAAGCAGGAAUAGGAACAGGAACAGUAGACGAGAAAGAAAAGAAGAAGAAGAAAUCAUCAAGGCCCAAGAAAGCAGGAACUGUGGACGAUCUUGAGGCCUUCCUGGCCAGUGAGGGUGGAGAUUAUGAAGAACUCUAGAGCUCCAUCUAACCAAUCAGGGUUUGACAUCAACACCGUGUGACAUCGCCAGGUCAUUUUCCAAUCCAUUCCACCUGUUUUUCAGUGCCUAACCUUUUGAAUUUUCACAGCGUUUUUUGUUCUUCCAGCAGUGCAGCUUUACGUUGUGCUUUCUCAAAUUUGGUACAUGGCACCGUCGUUCGCCUCAUGCCGUUUUCCAAAGUGUAUCAGUAUUUUCAGACCUAUAACUUUAGAUGCAUUUUUCGGGAAGGACAGAGGCAGAUUUCACCUGCUU